CCGCCAGUUUUCCAAACUAAUGUAUUUAUUUAGUGAGUAGUCACUUCGCGUAUCCACGAGCGAUUGGUCGUACGCCAUCGACCAAGCGGGCUGUACUACGUAAAUAAUAAUAAAAUAUUAUUAUCAGAUGUGCUAAGAUUAGUUUAUCAGUUACCAUACAAAUAUGCGGUCGGAUUUGGCGCGAACCGUCAGUGCUUUGUUUGGGGCGAGUGGAAGUUACGAGUACCUUUGUGACUUGUGUUGAAUUUUCAAAUGUGAUCGUGCAUAUUGAUAUACGAAAAUGAAUUUCACGGAUACCACGGAGUUUUCAAUCCCUACGGAGUUUUUCACUCCUACGGAAUUUUUCACGCCUACGGAUUUUUUUUCCACAACAAUGACUCCUGAACCGGCGUCCAGUGAUGUCCGGGGAUGGCUCACGGAUUUGAUAAUGAAGAGGGCAGCAGUCCAGGGCAGUUUUUUGCAAGGAUUCAUCGCUUCCAUAUCCGUAGUCGUCGUGUCGGAGCUCGGUGAUAAGACAUUUUUCAUUGCAGCCAUUAUGGCUAUGAAACAUCCCAGAAUAAUAGUUUUUGCCGGAGCAAUAUCUGCCUUGGUCUUCAUGACGGUUCUUUCCGCGGCCUUUGGAUGGGUGGCAACGGUGAUACCGAGGGUGUAUACGCAUUACAUUAGUGCUGCACUGUUCGCGAUAUUCGGUUUGAAAAUGUUAAGAGACGGGUGGAAGAUGGACCCGAAUGAAGGGCAAGAGGAACUGGAGGAGGUGCAGCACGAAUUAAAAAGAAGAGAAGAUCAGGGCUCACCAAAAGAGCGAUCGAGAUCGCCCGAAGACGGAACGACGUCAGAGCGGUCAGAAAGGUCUCAAAGUCCUGGGCCUUCCCAAACUCCAGACGUAGAAGCCCCUAGGACACCAGAGGAGCCCCAAGCGGGACCCUCGACAGAAUCUGAAUCGUUGAGGGAAGAAAAAGAAGAGACUCUAGACAUGUUAGAACAAGGCCAAGCGGAGAAUAAAAGGAAAAAACGAAACGCGAUGCUAAAGGUGCUGCUGCAGGCUGCAUCUUUGACGUUUUUGGCGGAAUGGGGAGACAGGUCCCAGCUCGCGACAGUGGUGCUGGCGACGAGAGAAAACGCCGUGGGGGUGGUUGUUGGUGGAUCAUUAGGUCAUGCUCUUUGUACGGGGCUUGCUGUAAUAGGAGGGAGGAUGGUUGCGCAGAAGAUAUCCGUGAGGACUGUUACGAUAAUCGGUGGAUUAGUGUUCCUGUUCUUUGCUGUGAGUGCGCUAGUGAUCGGUCCUGGUGAAUAGAUAGAUAAAUAGAUACAACGCGACAAGGAUCUUUUGGCGCGUGGCCAAAAUCGGAACUAACGCCGACAUCUUGUGAAGUGUCACGCUAAGUAAAAAUCUGAAUUUCACUGUGUUUUUUUAACAUUAGAGCCAUUCCUUAAACAUAACACGAUAUAUCCUGAUAAUAAUAAUUAUAGCAUAAAUUGUCUGCAUAUAGCACUACACUAUAUUUAGCACUUGGUAAGUAUACAUGAUAGGUUGCAAGUUUUUAUUAUUUUUUCCCUAUGUGGAAACAGGGAUGGCUUUCCCAAUUUAUCAUGCAGUUAAAAUUAGAUAAAAUUGUCUUGAUUGUCAACAUUGUCAUUUUCAAUAUAUUCCCUAAAAUUCUAUCCUAAUUGCUGGCAGCCUUUGUUCUACAACUACACCCCCCUGGCAAUGUUAUUCAAGUGUCAAAUGAUCCUUGUCGCACUGUAGUAGAGUUGACUUAGACGAUUUUACUGUAAGCGACAAUAUUGUAUGUAAACUGUAAUAUAUUACGUUGUAUACUAAGUUUAUCUUAAGAAUUACAGGAGGUUCAUGAAUGGACAUCGAAUGUCAUACUUUUUAUGACCAACCUGUAUAAAUACU